CACCAAUUUACCUGAAACAUUUUCCUGUCAAUCCACAUGUAGAGAAAUCUGUACAAACAGUUCCAGGAGGAAGUGGUCGGUCUUUUGAAACGUCACUCCGUCGAAUAAGGAAGGGGACGUCAUCUUAAACUGUGAGUUGGAAGGGGUGUCAGAGUUUAAAUAUGUCGUGGAUAAGGGAAGGUGAAUUGAACCUCAUUGAGAAGCUCUCAGCCAACAUACUGAAGGCUGGCCCGAUGCCCAAACAUGUGGCCUUUAUCAUGGACGGCAACCGGCGCUACGCCCGCAAGCGUCAGGUGGAGCGCCAGGAGGGACACACACAGGGUUUUGACAAACUGGCAGAGACACUACGCUGGUGCCUGAACCUGAGCAUCCAUGAGGUCACAGUGUACGCCUUCAGCAUCGAGAACUUCAAGCGGUCUAAAGACGAGGUGGACGGCCUAAUGGAGCUGGCCAAGCAGAAGUUCAUCAGACUGCUAGAAGAACAGGAGAAUCUGGAGAAGCAUGGGGUGUGCAUCCGGGUGUUGGGAGACCUGACUCUACUGCCUCUGGACCUGCAGCAGCAUAUAGCCCGGGCUGUGGUGGCCACCAGGACUCAUAACAAAUGCUUUCUGAAUGUGUGCUUUGCCUACACCUCAAGACAUGAAAUCGCUAAUGCCGUCAGAGAGAUGGCUUGGGGUGUGGAGCAGGGACUUAUCAAAUCCAGUGAUGUGUCGGAGGCCCUACUGAGUCAGUGUCUGUACAGCAGUAACUCUCCCAAUCCUGACCUGCUCAUUCGCACGUCUGGAGAGGUGCGACUCAGUGACUUCCUGCUGUGGCAGACGUCCCACUCCUGCUUAGUGUUCCAGUCAGUCCUGUGGCCAGAGUACUCCUUCUGGAACUUGUGUGAUGCCAUUCUGCAGUAUCAGCUCAAUCACAGACCUCUUCAGAAAGCCAGAGAUCAACACAGAGAAGGACAGGCCCUACAGCAGCAUGAGGCAGACCGGGCCUGUGUAGCAGACCUCCUACAGCACCACCGCAAUGGAAAGCCCCUGGAUGCCCAGAGGAGACAGGAAGCACUGCUCAACUACACUGCCAGCCGAGAGGAACGUGUUCAGGACUUCCUUGGUGCACUCCAGCACAAGAGAGACUCCUUCCUUACUGACUUAACCAGCCAAGCUGCUCUGGCAUAAAGAGGGGAUGAGGGGAACAUAAUGCUCCCCAUCUUGAAUUGGGGGAGCAAUCCCAUCUCUCCUCUUCCCUAAAGGGCUGAGUGGUUUUAAAUUUCUUAUUUUGUAUGAGUGAUUUUACCCCUAUGGGGCUGAAUGUGGGAUAUUUGUGUGUAUUCUAAAAGAGAAGUCUGAUCAAAGUCUAAUAAAAAGAAGUCUGGUAAAGAGCUAAUAA